GACCAACAAAAUUCAAAACGGCGUGUGAGUUUAUAAAUCUCCGCCUUUUCGUCUUUCGUCGGUUCGAAGAUACACGUAUAUCGAAAAUAUACAUGCCGGCAACUGCGCUUAACGUUCGAGCUGCUCCGACGAUCAUCUCGAGAGCGCAAUGGGGCGCCAGAGCACCCAAGCACCAAGCUGCCAAUCUCGCGAGAAAACCAGCGCCUUACGUUGUCCUUCAUCAUUCGACCGGCAAUGGCUGCGUGACUCAAGCCAUAUGCCAGCUGAAAGUGAGAGAAUUCCAGAACUAUCACAUGAAUAGCAAAAAGUGGUCCGACGUCGGCUAUAAUUUCAUAGUCGGCGAAGACGGCAACAUCUACGAAGGCCGCGGCUGGGGCAAGCAAGGCGCUCACUCCAAGCCCUUCAAUAACAAGAGCAUCGGGAUAUGCAUCAUUGGCGAUUACACCAACCGAACACCAAACUCAGCUGCGGUUCAAGCUGUCGACAGUCUGAUCGCUUAUGGCGUGUCCAGCGGCGAAAUAAAGAAUGACUACAAGCUGCUUGGCCACCGGCAAACCUGGCAGACUAAUUGUCCUGGAAACAGUCUUUACACCAUGAUGCAAUCGUGGCCUCAUUGGGCGGCGGCUGCUUAGUAAACAUAAUUUUUUACAUCGAUACGUUCCAAUCAGCCGUGAUCGGGACGAUCAGGUCGUAAGCUACGAUUGCUUUUGUAAUUUUAUAUUUAUGUGUCAUUGGUUACUGAAUCUGUCACACAUAUCCGAAGAGAUAUAAGUCGAGCCGUUUUUGUUUAUUUAUUGUAAUCUGUAUAAAGUAGCACAUGUAAUAAUUUAACGAUAUUAUUAAAAUGAGGUCGUCGAUCGAA